AUGUUUACUCCUGAACAAUUUGCCGCUAAUUAUUAAAUCAAUUUUUCCAAAUUAAUAGGCAAAGGACAUGAUAGUACAGUAUUUUUGACUAUGAACAAAUAAACAAAACAACAAUUUGCAUUAAAAUGUUUAGCAUAAACAAUUGAGUAAAAUGCAAUUAAUUUAUUCGUAAUUAUAAUAUGAUAUUUUCAAGAGAACGAGAUCCAAAUACUUCGUCACAUUCAACAUCCACAAAUUAUAACAAUGAUUGGAUAUUGUUCAGAUUGUUCUUGUAUGUUACUUGAAUUAAUGUCUAAUGGUUCUCUUUAUAAAAUCUUACUUUAAGGUCCUUUACCUUUAGCUAUAGCAAAUGGAAUCAUAAUUUAAUUAGCAUAAGCAUUAUAAUAUCUUCAUAACAAAGGAAUAACUCAUGGAGAUAUUAAAUUAGAUAAUUUGCUAAUUUCUGGAGAUUACACUAUAAAAAUUUGUGAUUUUGGAUUUGCUAAAAUAAANCUCAAUAAUCUUAUUAAUAGUUAAAUAAAAAAUAGAUCGGUGUUGUUAUCGAUCCAAUACAAUCAUUUAGAGGGAAAGUUUUCAUCGAUAUCAUUCAGAUAAAUUCCUUAUUAAAUUUACUUAGCUGUAAGAAUCAAGAUAAACUAUAUCAAAAAUACAGGACAUCUUUAAAAAUACGUUUUAGAAGUAUUGUUAAGGGGAUUGAAUAGUUAUUAUUAUUCAAUUAACAUUAAAUUUAAACACAAUAAUUUAAAAUACAAAAUACUUUAAAAUUGAUAUAAGGUUUGUUAGAGAGAAAGUUUAUAGUAAUUAUUUAAUAUUAAAUUAUUACUAGAUGUAAGUCUUUUAAUAAAAAUAGUAAUAACAAUGAAAUUUUAUUUUAGAUAGGAGAGAUUAAUAUUAGAAUAUCAAACAAACCGGUAUUAAUACUUUAUAAUUAAAAUAUAGUUGAAAAAUAAAAAAAAGGAGAAUAAGAAACAAAGAUAAAAAGGAUCCAAAGAGUCAUCUUGA